AUGGCCAGCUCCAGCCCGAAUCCUGAGCCCGAAUCCGUGUUCCCACGGGAGAUCCGGCUCUUCACCGACUCUUACCCGGAGAGCAGCCGGUUCUGCUUCUGUGGGCACGAGCUGAGCAUCACGCAAAACUUUGGGUCCCGCCUUGGGGUGGCGGCACGCGUGUGGGAGGCGGCUCUGAGCCUGUGUCACUAUUUCGAGAGUCAGAAUGUGGAUUUUCGAGGCAAGAAGGUGAUCGAACUGGGCGCUGGGACGGGCAUCGUGGGAAUCUUGGCUGCGCUGCAGGGGGGGGAUGUUACCAUCACUGAUUUACCACUGGCCCUAGAGCAGAUUCAGGAGAAUGUCCACGCUAAUGUGCCAUCUGGAGGCCGGGUGAAGGUGUGUGCCUUGUCCUGGGGAAUUGACCAGCAUGGCUUUCCUGGAAACUAUGACUUAGUGCUGGGGGCAGAUAUCGUGUACCUGGAACCUACCUUCCCACUGCUGUUGGGGACCCUCCAACACCUGUGUGGGCCCCAUGGCACCAUCUAUCUGGCUUCCAAGAUGAGAGAGGAGCAUGGGACAGAGAGUUUCUUUCAGCACUUCCUGACGCAGUCCUUCCAAGUGCAGCUGGCCCAGCGGGAUGAGGACGCCAAUGUCAACAUCUAUCGGGCCAGACACAGGGAAGUGAGACCUGCCGGACAUCACCCCUUCUGUUCACCUCAGCCCCUGUCUCAGAGGCGGAACGGCCUAGCUCCAGAGCCAUAAACAUCAGGACUGAAGAAAAUGAUGGAUUGCCUGUUUUCUUUCUACCCUCUUCCAGUUUGUUCCCCUAGAUAUUCUUGGGUAGGUGCUGGAGGGGAACCACUUGUUAAAAAAAUAGCAGAACCCUUCAGAGUAUUUAGGAGAAAGGGAGGAAACAGGGUUUGAACACUGGCUGAAGAGAGGCUGUCACUGACCACUCCAGUUCUUUAAACAGAAUGGACUCUUCUGUCUGUUUGUUUUUGGAGACAGGGUUUCUCUGUGUAGCCUUGGCUAUUCUGGAACUCUGUAGACCAGGCUGGCCUUGAACUCAGAGAUCCGUCUGCCUCUGCCUCCUGAGGGCUGUGGUUAAAGGUUUUUCUAUCACCACCCUGGCUUCAGAAUGAACUUUAAAAAAAAAAAGCACCUUCUUGGUCAGGGGUGGUGGCACAUGCCUUUAAUCCUAGUGCUCAGAACUAUAUACAUUGAGACCAACCCCCCAAAAACAAAAUCAAAACAAAAAACAUUCUUUAACAUUUUUAGGGAAAAAUAGAACAUUAAUCAUGUCUUUGCACCCCCAAACACGUAGCUAUCGAGGGGGAGCUGGUACCAAGACACCUCAGAGCACCUGAAUCUUGCCUGGUGUAAUAAGACUCUAAGACAAAUCUUCCUGAGCCUGGGGACCAGCACCAGAGCUGUCCCUUUUGAGCUGUGGCUUCUUCAUCCUUUGCAAAGUUCAGGCCUGAUCACAGAAUAUCAUGUUGUACCCAACUCUGGAUUGAGUUCUAGGUUCUUCUGACCUCUUCCAAGUUCAGUUUUCCCUUCCUAAGUUGUUUUACCCUCUCGUCUCUUCCCUCAGGGGCAGUCUGGGUUGGGCUCUUUCCACUUACUGUUUAGGCACCCAGUUGUCUCUGGUGUGUCCAACCAGCACUCUCUUAACCCCCAAACAAUUCUUCAAAUUCUUGCAGCCUUCCAAAACCUGCUGGAUUUAGCUUCUACUGCAAGAAGGAAUGUCUCCGCUUGGUACUCAGGCUACACCGGCGUGCUCACAAACUACUUUGUAUUUCAUUUCCUACUCCUUUUGUAUGGCUCUUUUAGCCAAAUUGCCAAAGUCCUACUCUUUGUUCCCUUCCUCUAACUCUAUAGCAGCAUUCCCUUGCUUCUCCCAUCUUCUGAUGAAUUCCCCUAAAAUUCACUCUUCUGGAAAACCAAACACAGAAAAACCCUCCUUUUCCUGACUCUUCUGUUUGGAUGUGAUUUCCGCCUUUGGGACCUUAUCUUGUCUUACCCGAUUCUUACUUCCUCACCAAUAGAUAACCUCGGAGGGCUGGGCUGUGGUUUAUUCGUCACUAACCUCUGAAACUGGCCGCAGCUCUGGGCUCACAGGUGUUCAGCAUAUAUUUUUGCCAAUUCAGUAGUUAUUUAUUCAUUUUGUUGAAGGACCUCCACUUCACCUCUCCAGGAGACCUUGGACGGUUUCCUGAGCCCACCCACCCACCCACCUACCUACCCACCCACCCACCCACUUACCUACCUACCUCCGGUUUGUCCUGAGUCAUAAAUGAAUGCCGAAUGUGGAAGUACACUUGAAAUAAAGAAACAUAAAACAUUA